AUGAACGAUGCCGCUGCCUACUACGCAGCAGCGACAGCGCUUACCAUCCUCGCCGCCCUCCUCUCGAGCUAUGUGUUGCGAAGAACGGCGCAGUCCGCAACAGCUAUCAAGGCCGGCACCUCCAGACGCUCUGUCGUCCUCGCCGGGCCCCUUGAAGCUGGCAAGACAGCAUUGUGGGCACACCUGGUACUAGGACCGGACUCCGUCGACGUGUCGGCGAGCCCAGUCACGGUCUCGUCGCUCCAGACCAAUCAGGCAACGCUAAGAGGCUCCAAAGAGCCGAUCAGGAUCAUCGACACGCCUGGCCAUCCUCGUCUGCGCACGAUAGAGCUCGUACAACAUCUGCCUUUGGCAAACGCCGUCGUCUUCGUCGUCGAUGCAAGCUCGAGCUUGACGGGCAAAGGUCUACGCGAAGCUGGCGAGAACUUGCAUGUCCUACUCUCACUCCUCUGGCUGAUUGCACAAAGCAAGUCUGUCAACAGGCAGCCCAGGCUACUCAUUGCCCUUUCCAAAACCGACAAAGUCCCAUCUUCAAGGGCAGAAGGGGCUCGAUUGGCACUGCUCGAGCGAGCCAAGCUUGCAAUCGCACGCGAGCUCGACAGACGACGCAACGUAGCAGCCGGCAGCGAGAGUCCCGCUCUGACGGGACCGCCGACCUUGACGAGGAUCGAAGGCAUGGAUGCCGUGCCGCUGCCCACAGCAUCCUUCCUUGCCUCACCGUUCGGCUGGCUUCGACGGCCCGGGCAGCAGGCAACCCAUCUCGGCUCGCAAAAGGGGUUGCCUUCCGAUGAGCAGGACAUCCUUGCCAGCGACGCAUUAGCGUCUCGGCUUCGACGUCGACUGGACAGACUACUCGCUGACUGCAGCCAGUAG